AUGGAUCUUAUUCGUGGAUUAGAUAUAUUAUCAGCAUCACCAAUAGAUACAGAGGAUCAAAAUUUAAGGAAAGAAAAGAUUGAAGCAUGUAGAACGAUUUCAGAGCAAAUAUGUGCACCAUCACUUAGAAAUACAGCAGAUUUUCCAAGAUUUUUAUCAAUUGCAAUCUCAUUACUCUUAAGAGCACAUGGUGAUAAAGAUUUAAAUGUUUAUUCUGUUGCUGAAGAAAGUUUAAAUAGAACUAUAAAAAUUUUAGUAUAUUCAUAUCAUGAAAGAAUAUUAUUUGAAUUAUUUAAAGUUUUAAAAGGUAAACCACAUCAACAUAAUAAUGAAAAGAGAUUAUCAACCAAUUUAACAGAUCAUUUAUCACAAAAUUCAGUGACACCAUCAGUACCAACCACACCAAAUUACCAACAAUCACCAUCGACUCAAUCACCAUCACAUUCAACAUCAAAUUCAUCAAAUAAUUUAUAUAAUAAUUUUAGUAGUAAUAGUAAUAGUAAUAGUAAUAGUAAUAGUAAUAGUAGUAGUAAUAAUAAUAGUGGAAAUACGACACCAGGAAAUAAUACGAAUAAUAGUAAUGGUAAUGCAAAUUCAAUAUUUAAUACAGCAAAUCAAAUAUUAUCCAAACCAUUUCCAUUGAAAUCACAACGUAUUGCAUUGAUAAAGUUUGGAGAGAUUUGUAGUUUUAUUAGACCAUCGAAAUGUAGAAAGUAUAUAUUAUCAUUGGUACCACCAAUCAAUAGUUUGUUGAGUAUCAUUGAGGAUGAGUCAUUACAGGAGAGUAUUUCAAUCUCGAUGGAGAACAUCUCCAAAAUUUUAAUACCCUACUUAAAGGAGAACGAAGUUCAUCAAUUGAUUGAUCUAUUCAGUAGAAAUCUUCAACAACCAUCUGCAGCAGUGCGUCGUGCUGCCUCCCUAUCCAUAACAUCCAUUUGUAGAUAUCAUCCAAGACCAUUGUUUGAAUUUACAAUUGAAUUUCUAUACAAUUUCACUUUUCCAAAUUCUCCACCAAUCUCUUCAAUUACUUCAGCAUCAUGUAUACCUGCAAGUAGUAAUACAAAUACUUUACAAAAUUCAAAAAUAUUAGGUGUUUUAUUCUCUUAUUUACAAUUAAUUAAAUUAGCUGAAGAAUUAUCAUCAAAUGAUAUUAAAAUUUUAGAUGGAUUUUCAUUAAAGAUUCAAUUUUUCGUACAUUUUAUAUUAAAAUAUAUUCAAGUACCAAUUGAUGGUGAACCAUAUGAUCAUAAUAUUGUUGGAUUAAGUUUAGAGUUAUUACAACAAUUAUUGGUAACAUUUGGACCUUAUGAAUAUAGUUGGCCAAAACCAUUGGUUAGAGAAGUGAUUGCUCAACUUAGACAUUUAUGUUUUAAUCAACAAUCAUCGAUUAGAGUUAGUUUAAAAGCUGUAGUUUUAAAUUGUUUAGCACAAUCUGUAAAAUUCUUUCCAAAAUUAUUUAAUGAUGAAUUUUUUAAACAUCAACCUUCAACUAUUGAUUCAAAUACAGUAACAUCAGCAGAAGAUCAUAUUUGUAGAGAUUAUUUAUUAAAUAUUUCACCUUCUGAUUUAAAUUUUAAAUUGUUUACACCAAUUACUCAACAACAACAGCAACAACAACAACAACAACAACAACAGCAACAACAACAACAACAACAUAAUUUAACAUCAUCAACAAUGAGUGGAAUUAAUAGUACAACAGGUGUAUCAAAUCAUACAUUUAGUUUAGAACCUAAAGAAGAGUUUUUAUAUUAUUUAAAUGAUAGUGAUCCAUUACUUAGAGGAGGUACAGCAUUGAUGAUUGGUUGUUUAAUUAGAGGUUAUCUUGAAACCGAUCAUAUAACCAGUAAUCAAAUCUAUCCAACCAAUAUAGCAUUGCUAGAAGAUAAUCUAUCAAUUCCAACUUUAUUAAUAUUUUUAUUACGUGCAUUAAUGGAUUCAAGUUCGAUAACUGCGAAAUUAGCUUGUACAGGUAUUAGUGAAUGUUUACCAAUUCUAUCACAAAGUAAAUUCUCUGAUUGGGCAUUGGUAACAUUACGUCAUUUACUUUGUGUUAGUAGUUCAACUUAUUGGUUAGUUAAAUUGGAAAUUCUAGAAACUUUAUCAAUGAUUGACUAUAUUGUAAUUGAAUAUCUUGAACAAAAUAUUCAACAAAAAUCAAAUGUAAUGAAUGUCGUUAUAAAUGGUCCAAAUUUAUCAAUUUCAACUUCAUCAAUAAAAAUUAAUGAAAAUAAUAAUAAUAGCAAUAAUAGUAAUAAUAAUAAGAAUAAUUCAGAAACUGGUGGCGCAGUUGCAAUACCAAUUCAAUCAAAAGUUUUAGAUUUUUUAAUUGAACAAUUAAGUGAUAAUGAUUUUAGAGUUAGAAAUAGUGCAGGUAAAUCAUUGGUUAGAGUUAUACCAAAACUUGUAUUCACAGCACCAUUGGAACGUCAUUCAAUGAAGGGUAUAUCUAGUAAGGUUAGAGAGACAUUUGAUGUUCAAGAUUAUGAGAAUACUGUAUUAAGAAAGAGAAAGAUAUUUGCAAAUCUUUCACAUGUUAUUGGUUUAUUGGUUAAUCAACUUUCAAAUCCACAUCCAGAUGAUAAGAUACGUGGUUGUUAUGGUGCUUUAAAUUUAAUUUGUAAAACCUAUUCAUUCCCACCCGAUACACCAGAACAGUGUCGUACACUUUCUUCGGUUUUAGCAAAUCCAAUGUUAUCAUUUGUUGGCGAUAUUUUACCAUUGGCUUUGGAUAGGGUUGGUUUGACUUGGGUUGCAACAGAUUUCGAUGUUCAUAUUGAUAUCAUUGAGAUAUUGGGUUAUCUUAGUAGGGGUGCUGAGAAUGUACUUGGCACCUAUUGUCAUAAUGUAUUGCGCCAUAUAGUACGUAUUAUCAAUAUUGCAACUAAUAUCAUUCAGUUUAGACCUACACCACCUUUGAAAGAGGUUAAAUCAAAUCCAAGUGGUAUUCAUGUAAAUUCACCACUACUCAAGGCACCAACUCAUUUAGGUUCUUUCACUCAUUCGAUACAUUAUAUCAAACUUUAUUCAAAACUUUUAACAGCUCGUAUUAAUUCAAUCACAAUUUUUGGUAUUGAUAGAUUUUCUCAACUUAGACAAGCAUGUUUUGAAACUUUAUCAGUAAUGUUAAAAUGUGCUGGUAAAACUAUAUUACCCUAUACAGAAGAGAUCAUUGGUUAUUUAACGACUCAUUUCGAACAAGAACCUGUAUCAGUAAUUAAAUGUAUAAAUGAAUUAUUUUUAGUAACUAUGAAACCAACACCAAUUGUAUCAAUUAGUUCAUUAUCACAAAAAUCAAGAGAUUUGAAUAUUGGUGGUGGUUUCAUUAGUACUGGUGGCGGUGGUGGUGGUGGCAGUGGUGGUAUUAAUUCAUCUUCAUCCUCAUUGAAACAAUAUGAACCAAGAUCAAUUGAAUCACAUUCAAGUAGUAGUAAUUCACAUGAUGAAAUGUUUUUAAAUUCUAGAUCAGUGUUUUCAUCAUUGUUAACCUUUGGUACACCAAAUCUUAAACAACAUUAUGAUUUCAUCAAUGAAGUACCAUCAAGUCAUAAUAUUAAUUAUAGUUAUAGUAAUUCAGAGAUUAAUCGUAUCAUUUCCAAUGAAGAUAGAAAAUUAAAUUUCAAAUUAUUUGAACCAUUAAUCAUUGGCUCAAUGAUUGAAUAUCAAACUACACAUUCACAUGAAUUGAAAAUUGCUAUCCUAUUGAUGCUUAGUAAAUUAAGUAAAUUUGGUUUAGACUUAUCAUUAUUCGAUAAAGAAAAUCAUUUCCCAACUUAUUUCAUUGAAGAAUUAAAAGAAACUCAUUGUCUAUUAUCAAAACCAAAUCAAGUAUUAUCUUAUAGUUAUGAUUUAUUAGGUUCAAUGUUUAUUUAUAGAAAAUUAUUCCCAGAUUCUUCAGUUAGUAUUGAUGAUAUUAAAAAAUUAUUUUUCCAACCACCACCACAACAACAACAACAAACUAAUCAAAAUAAAAGCCAAUCAUUAAAUUCAACACCAAAUAUUUCAUCAAAUAAUAAUAAUAAUAAUAAUAAUAAUAAUAAUAAUAAUAAUAAUAAUAAUAAUAAUAAUAAUAAUAAUUCAAAUUCUAGUCAGUCAUUAAAUAAUAGUACAGUAAUUGGUAAUAAUAGUUCACACCCAUAUAGUUAUACAAUACCAACUAUUAUUGAAAAUUGUCAUUCUUUUGUUAGAUAUUUAUAUGAUCCAAAUGAUAAAUAUCCAGAUACAGAUUUUAGAGAACGAUUUUUAAGUUUUUUAUUAUCAAAUUUACAAUAUUCUCAAACAAUUGAUAUUUUAAUUUUAAUUGUUACAAUCGUUCAACCAAAUAGUACAUUACAUCAAAAAUUCUCUCAACAAAUUUCUCAUCAAUUAUUUACAAAUUUAUCACUUGGUGAUUCACCAUUUUUCAUUAUUAAUUCAAUUGAAGAGGUUGAAAGAUUAUAUGUUUUAAUUGAUAAACUUCAUAGUUCAUCUUUAUCUGCUGCAAGAUGGGCUGAUGCUUUAUUAUCAGUUUCACCACAAUUUGUAAAUAAAUCAACAUCAUCAUCGUCAUCGUCAUCAUCAACUGCAACCUCACCAUCAUCAUCAUCGUCAUCAACAACAACAACAACAACAACAUCAACAAAUACAACCACAACAACACCAAGUGAUCCAUUAAUUAGAAAACGUAUAUUAUUAUUACGUGAAAGUAUUUUAGAAGCAUAUGAAUUAAGAUGGUUACCACCAUUAUUAGUAUUAUUAAGAACAGGUUGUAAAUUACCAGAAGAAGCUAGAAUUUCAGCUGCAAGACAAUCAAGAUUUUUAUCGAAUCAUGAUAAUAAACAUCAACCAGGUCCAAGUGCAGCAAUCAUUUCAACUUUAUUAUUGAAAUUAAUUCGUAAUGCUGUAUCAGUAUUUUCAUUGUAUAAACCAAAGAAUGUAUUAUUCACUCAAUUGAUAAAUCAUCUUUUAUAUUAUAGUUCAAUAUUUUUCAAUAAGAAUUUAGUACCACAUAUUUCUGCACAAUCAUUAUCAAAUAGUCCAAAUUUUGGUGCUACCAAUACUACUACUGGCAGUGGUAGUGUAUCACCAUUGUCAUCAUCAUCAUCGUCAACAAUAACAGUAACAACAAUGGCAAUGGGAUCAUCAUUAAUGAAACAACCAUCAUCUUCAUUAUUACUUUCACCAACUGUUGGUGGUAGUUCCUCAACGAUUAACUUGUUUAUGGAUUCAUUAAAAGGUAUAUUGGCAUUAGAUAAUGGUACAAUCAUUCAAGAGAUAACAACAAGUUUAUUAUCAUAUGGUGGUACAAGUACAUCAAUCCAUGCUGUUAAGCUAUUAUUGUUAUUAGGUAGAUUACCAAAUCAACAAGUUAUCGAAGGUGCAGAUUUGGUUUGGAAACAAUAUGCAUUAUCAAAUAAUUGGCAAAGUUGUGGUUGUGAGCACUUUUUAACUCAUCAUAUCAUAUUUUUAUUAUAUUGUCAAUCGAUUGUUGUAUUGAAAUCACAAAAUAUUGAAUUAAGUGAAACAUUUUUAGAUAAGAUUGUUUUAUUAAUUAAUGAAUCCACUGUAAAGAAGUUGAUUGAAUUCCUAGUUAAAGGUGGUUCAAAUUCUGAUCAAAAUCAAUAUAUUGAAAUAUUUACACAACAUUUGGUGAAAAUAUUCUCUAGAGUUUCAAAUUCAUUGGAUCUUAGAAAAAAACAAAAACUAUUACGUCUUUUAUCUUAUUUACCAGCAAAUAGAGAGACUUUAGAAUUGUUAAUCGUUAAUUUCUUACAAACUGAUGAUAUUAGUUUACAAGUUUCAGGGGAACGUAUCUUAAAUUUAAAUAUUAAUAAUUUAAUUGAAACUUAUGGUCCACAAAAUUCUUUAGAGAUCAUUCAAGAACUUUAUCAAAUUUUCAUGUCAAAUUUUGUAAAAUCAACUACAAAUCAAUCAGUUCAAUCUUUAUUCUUAAAAUUAAUUAAAAAUUUAUCACCAUCUUCAGCUUAUCAAGGUAUAACACCAACUCAUAAUAAUGUAAUUGAAAAAUUAAAAGAAAAAGAAUUAACAAAUAAUAAUAAUAAUAAUAAUAAUAAUAUAAUUGAAAAAGAAGAAGAAGAAAAAGAAAAAGAAAAAGAAAAAGUAAAAGAAGAAGAAGAAGGAAAUAAUAUUGAAAAAUUAAUUCAAUUACAAAUUGAAACAAUUAAAAAAAAUAAUCAAAUUUCAGAUUUAAAAACUGUACCAUGGGAUUAUUUUGUUGAAUUAAUUAAAUCAAGAUAUUAUUCAAAUAAUUUAAAUCAACAUAGUUUUAAUAAUAUUUCAAUAUUAUCACAAAUUGAUAAAGAUGCUACUAUUAGUUUAUUAGAAUCUAAAUCAUUGGAUGGUACAUUAUUACCAGCGUUUAUUUCUUCUGUUUAUAGUUUAGAGUUUCAAGAUGAAAUUCAAGCUUAUUUAUUGAAAAAAGUUGAUACUUUAUUAGGGUUGGCAGGUGAAAUUGGUACUGAUCCAUUGAAGGGUGGUCCACCAUUUCUAUCGGAUUCAGUUUGGGAUGAAUUAAGAGAGACCACUAGAUGUUUAUCAAAUUUCAUCAAUAAAUUUGGAUUGGGCGAACUUUGUGAAUCAAAAUUACUUAAAGUUUCAACUUGGGCUUUCAUUGAAAGCUUUAGAAGAUGGCGUGCUGAAAUUAUUAAUCCAUAUGAUUUUAAAUUGGUUUUGGAGUUAUCCCGUUCAAUCAUUCUAAAGAGUACCGCUUCCAUUCUAACUAUAACAGAUGAUAGUGAAUGGUGUUCUUUGUUACUUUGUCUUUAUAAACUGUAUUGUUUGGUGAUUAGACCUCAUUUUGGUUACAUUUCAGGUCAAAGAGAAUUGGAAGAGAAUUUUUCACAAGAUCCAACUCAAAUCUCAUUGACUCAAUCAAAUGAAAUGAUUAAAUUCUUGGUUUCUUUGUUAACCAAUGUCAAAUCCUAUACCCCAAUGCCCGGAUCACAUAUUGGUCAAUUAAUAUUCGAUAGUUUUAUACGUGCAAUCAUACCCUUGUCAACCAAAGCAUUCGAUUUCAUUUAUCCAACCGUAUCAACUUCAUCAGAGGAUGAAUUUGGUGGUGGUAUCAUUCCAAAUUGUCCAAUAUUUUCAAGUAAUGUUUCACCUGAACAAAAUAUUAAAGCUUUGGUCAGUUUCAUUCAUUUCGUUGAUAUCGAUGAUGAAUUCAAAUUUAAACAGAUUUGGGAAAUGUUGGAACCAAUUUUCGUUUCACCUUUGGGUGACGCUGAAAUGGGUAGCGAUGAAAUUACAGAGGAGUGCAAAUGUUUGUCUCUAUCUGGUAUGGCUACAAUGAUUAUUAAAGUGUGUUUUGAAGUCACUGGUGUUAAUAGUCAAGUGAAUCUAUUGGAAACCUCUACCAUACCAAAGUCAACCUAUAAUCAUAUUCCACGUGAAAAGGAUUUAAUGUUUUUAAAUACUCCAACUGGUAAGAAAUUAAAUCAUCUUCUUUCAACCAUUUAUGGCGAUAUGCCACAAUCAGAGCUACCAUUGGGUGGUGCCAUUGAAUCGGUUAGCUCAAGUUCGUCAAUGUUUGGUGAAAGCAGUGGUAAUCAUCAAAAUAUGUCCUCCUCCUCUCUAUCAGCUUAUCAUUUCAAUAUUGAACGUUCAUUCUCUUCAAAUCAAUUUGGCUCCGAUCAAAUCUCCUUAUCAGAUUUACGUCUAUUUAAAACUCCUUAUUUCAUUGGUGUAAAUUUCACACCAAUCAUUCAAAAACUUUUAGAAUCUUUUGAAAGUUUCUUGGUUAACCCAAUGUGUCCACCAAUGUUAAAGAAAGAUAUAUUGAAAUCGACAGUAUUGUUAUCAGAUUUAUUCAAUCGUGAACAAGUGAUAUGGAUGUUUAAAACUUUUACAACAAUUUAUGCUCAAGAUGAAAUUGAUGAUUUCCUUUUGAAACAACAUUUGAUUUUAGGUAUUUGUAAAGGUAUUGCAAUUUUACAAACACCACCAAAUGUUGGCGAUAGUAAUGCUCAUAGUGUUGGUAUAUUUGAAAUGUUGAAAUCGGCAUUGGAUCAUCAAAAUAUCUCUUUACAAGUUAGUGCAUUGGAUGGCAUACUUUAUCUAUUGGAAGGUAAAGUCAACAAAUAUAUCCAAGGUUCAUUACUACAAUUCCUUUUCCGUUGGAUACCAACUAGACUAUCAAGUGUACCUUUCCCACCGGUAUCAUUGACAUUACGUGUAUUGGCAACAAUGUUUUUAAUGAUUGAACAGUAUAGUAGAGAAGCAGAGGAAACAUUAUUUACAAAACGUGCCGUUACUACAUGUAUUCAAUUGGGUCAACAACAAUCCACACCUGUACCAAUCGUUUAUGGUGUUUUCAGAGGUUUGGAUCGUUUAUUGGUUUCAUUUUCAUUAAGUCAUUCACAACGUGAAUUGAUCUCUCAUUUCUCUUUGAAAUCAUUACCAUCAGAGAAUCCAAUUAGAUCAUUACUUGCAUUGGGUUUAAUGGUUACUUGUAUCUAUACCGGUGAUGAAACUGGUAUCAAUUCACCAUCGUUCACUAAAUCAUCCAUCUCAUCCAUUGGUAGUGGUGGUGUUAAUUCAUUGACAGCAUUUGAAGGUUCAUUCAGUUCAAGUUCUAUAGAAUCACCAUUAAACUCUGCAUUGGACUCGGUUAUGUCCUCUUUUAUUAUGGAUGAUAAUUAUAGUGGUAGUGGUGGUAAUUCAUUAAUCAAUGGUGGUGGUGGUGGUGAUCCAUUAUCAUCAUUGGAUAGACAGAAAUUCUCACGUGUAAAUAAUAUGGAAAAAGUUAAGAUGUUAUUCGAUAAGAUUCGUUUAGUCUCUCAUUUCUCAUACGAAUCUCAUGUAUUAUCAGAGGUAUUACCAGUUGUAAUCGUAGAUUUAUUCCCUUCAGUCGAUCAAGUUUUAUCCUUUAUUUUAGGUGAAUUUUUAAAACAAAGUAAAACAAACUCAAAAUUAAUGUGUCAAAUCAUUUCAAAGGUUUUCGAUUUCUUGGUUGAAAAUGAUACUUCUGAAAAUACAAAUCAACAUUUAAUCAACUAUUGGAUUAUCAUUUGUUUACAAAAUUUUUUCCAAAUUCAAAAUCCAACUCAUUGUUUAUGGGCUUUAACUUAUUUAUUUUUAACUUCUUCACCAAAAAGAUCUUUUAAAUUAUUGGAAUCUGAAUUUGCAUCAAAAAUUCAAACAAAUGAAAAAUUGUUUAUUAUUAUAGCAUCAGAAUUUUAUUUCAAUAAAGAAUUAUCAAAGGAAAACAAACAAUUAUUUAAAGAUUCUUUCUCAAAAUUAAAAAUUGAACCUUAUAUAUCUUUAUUGAAAGUUAUAAAUACUACCCAAUAA